AUGUUGCGUUGGUGGCCCUCAGGAAACAAGACCAUGGACAUGGACGAGAGGUUCAAGAAUGUGAGUGUUCCCGCCAGGAUGAGGGCCUACGCCGAAGAACAUGAAGUCUGCCACAUGAUGCAGGAUCUGCUGUCCAACCUGCUCAUCGAGAAGCCCGAGGAUCCCAAACGCUACAUGAUACGGCUGCUGCGGAGGACCAACCCGUAUCGUAGGUCUCCUCCUGUCAGGAGCCAGAAAGGAAGUUGUGGUUCUGGUUGUGACCAGUCUGACCUGUGCUUAGCUCCCAGGGUGAUGCUGAUCGGUCCUCCUGCUGUCGGAAAAUACACCAUGGCGAAGAGGCUGAGCACUGAGCUGAACGUUGUUCUUGUGACCAAGGAGAGUAUACAGCAGAAGAUUGAGCAGAGCAAAUCCACUGAGCAGGGGGAUCCUAAUGAUCUGCUGGCCUUGCUGGUCCAACAGAGAGUGAGGGAGUCCGACUGCUUCAACAAUGGCUGGUUGCUUGAGGGAUUUCCUCAGACUCACCUUCAGGCUCUGGCUCUGCAGCGGGUUGGAGUCCUCCCUGAACAUGUUGUGAUGCUCGAGGCUCCUGCCACGGUGCUGCUGGCCAGGAAUCAGGGGCGAAUGCUGGACCCACUAACCAAAGACGUCUACCAUGAGAGCUUGGUCCUACCGGCAGACGCCAGGGUCGCUGAGCGGCUGGAGAUUGGGCAGCGUCUGUCUGAGGAGCAGCUGCUGGCCCGGCUGCACCGUUACAACUGUGAGUUCACAGGGCUGAGAUCGGCCUACCAGGGCCGCCUGAAGGUCGUGGACACUGAGCAACCUCAAAAUGGAGUCUACCAGGAAGUUCUAGCUUUCAUCCAGAUUCGCAAGCGCGACGUAACCGCACCCCCCAGAGUCCUCCUGCUGGGUCCACCCGGUUCUGGGAAGAGUCACCAGGCUGCACUGCUGUCAGAGACGCACAAGAUGGUGGACGUGUGUUGUGACCAGGCGUUGAGGUCUGCUGCCGCGGAUGGUACUAAUCUGGGAAAAAAGGUCAGAGAGUAUCUGGAUAGAGGAAAUCCAGUUCCACACGCACUGGUGCUGCAGGUUCUAGAGCUGCGGCUGAGCCUCCUGGAAUGCACCUGCAACGGCUGGGUGUUGCAUGGUUUACCCAGUGAUCUGAAGCUGGCCCAGAGCCUGCAGAAGUCCCUGAACCGGCCAAACAGAGUUUUCUUCCUGGAGGCGAAAGAUGAGGUUUGUCUGGAGAGAAUCACUCUGAGAGCGACAGACCCCGUUACUGGUCAGAGGUUCCACACUCUCAGCCAACCAGCUCCGAGCUCCGAGGUCCGGGACCGGCUGCAGACCCGGCCUGAGGACAGAACCGAGGCUGUCGCCCAAAGACUGGAGGAAUACCGGAGCUACGAGGCUCACCUGAAGAGCCGACUGUACACUAACUGAUGCGGC